AUGGAAUCGACUGCUCUGAAUGGAAGAAUGGCCCAGUGGCAAAUUCUGCUGUCUGAAUUUGAUAUAGUCUAUGUGAACCGAAAAGUAAUAAAAGGGAGUGCAAUAGCAGACUUUCUGGCCAGUAGAGCGCUGGAUGAUUAUGAACCAGUAAAAUUCAAUUUCCCGAAUGAGGAUUUGAUGUAUGUUGCAACCGCAGAAAAAGACUUUCAAAAAGACGAUCCUUGGAAACUGAAUUUUGACGGAGCCUCAAAUGCUGUGGGCAAUGAGAUUGGGGCAGUUUUGGUAUCUCCUGACAGUGAUCAUUACCCAUUCGCUAGCAAAUUAGAUUUUGAUUGCACAAAUAACAUGGAGGAGUAUGAAGCAUGCAUCAUGGGAAUUCAUGCAGCCAUUGAAGGCAAAAUCAAAGUGUUAGUGGUGUAUGGGGAUUCUGCAUUGGUAAUUUAUCAGCUCAAAGGCAAAUAG